CGACGCGAUGACGUAUUUCCGCAUUCGCCGGUUCCGUUCCGGUUCAAAUGUCACCAACGUGGCUCCCGUGUUUUUAGGCGUGUGGAUUUAAUCCGGAGGAAAGUUACACGUGUGAAGAAAUACAGCCGGUGUUUGUCUCUGACGGAGGACGAUGGGGGAGUUCAAGGUUCACCGCGUUCGCUUCUUCGACUACAUGCCCAGCGCCGUCCGAGCCAUGGCCUUCAACAGGGAGACGGAGCGUCUGGCCGUCGCCCGGGACGACGGGGCGCUGGAGAUCUUCAACUUCUCUGACAACUACUUCCAGGAAAAGGUGAUCCCGGGGCGGGACGGCCGGGCCGUGGAGGCUCUGUGUUGGGUGGGACGGCGUCUCUUCAGCGCCGGGUUGAACGGAGAGAUCACAGAGUACGACCUGGAGAACCUGAGGCCCCGCUACAGCGUGGAGGUCUACGGGGGUCCGGUCUGGGCCCUGAGCAGCAACAGCCGGGGGACACAGCUGGCGGUCGGGUGUGAGGACGGGACGGUGAAGAUGUUUGAGAUACUGGACGAGAAGAUUCAGUUCCACAGGAACCUGGAGAGACAGAAAGGUCGAAUCAUUUCUCUGUCCUGGCAUCCGUCUGGAGCUCAGAUCGCUGCUGGAACCAUGGACAUGAUCCGAAUCUUUGACGCCGAGACAGGUGGGACCCAUGCUGUGGACCGAGCGUGGGGCGUCUAAGAGCAGAGAGGUGUGGUCUGGAGGUACCUUGUCGACCACACCGUCCUCAGCGUGAACUCGGCGGGAGUCCAGGUCGACGGACGCACGGGUCCUGUCAGGACUCACCUCGUCACAAUGGGAGUCCUGGCUCUGUCACUUUUUAAGGACGAGAGCAGCGUCAUCGCUGGGACGUCUGAGGGGACGGUCGUCCAGUUCCAGUUCGUCUCCUCCACCGCGGACCGGCCGGAUAAGGAGUGGGUCAGAACCAGGACCUUUAAAAACCAUUCACACGACGUGAGGGCGCUGGUUCACACGGACACGGCCGUGGUGUCCGGAGGGAUGGACACUCAGCUGGUGGUGAGACCUCUGCUGGACAAGGUGGAGAAGAACACGCAGGAGUCAGCGUUACGCAGAAUAACCUUCCCACACAGGAGUCUGGUCAGCUGUGCCAGGAAAGCCGGGCUGCUGCUCUUCCAGUUCCCCGAUCAUCUGGAGCUGUGGAGGCUCGGAGAGAGCGACGGACACGGAAGUCCUGGAGAGAGUCUGCCUGUGAAGAGGAAACCAGAGAAACUCCUCCAGCUUAAACGAAAGGGAGACGAUCACAUCUGCUGCAGCGCUUUGUCUCCGUGUGGAGGCUGGUUGGUUUACUCCACCGUCUCCAGCGUCCGUCUCUACAGACUCCAGUACGACAACAACAACAUCAGCAUCAACAAGGUGUCUAAACUCCCCAGGGAGCUCCGCUGGGCCUCCCAGCUCUGCUUCUCCUCCGACUCCUCCAGACUCUUCGCCUCCUCCAGUCAGUCGUCGGUCGUGGUCGUUUCUGUGGAUCAGCUGGAGAUUAAACACCUUCACACCCUCAGACACAAGUCAGGGUCCCGGGGGCCGGCCCACCUGCUGGUUGCCAGUGACGACGGUAAAUGGUUGGCUACAGGGAACACGGACGGAGAGAUCCACGUCUACAACGUCCCCAAGAUGAAGCUCCACUGCACCGUCCCCCUCUACAGCUCCUGUCCCACGGCCAUCGCCAUCCACCCCACCACCAGCAACCUGGUCUCAGUCCACGCAGACCAGCAGAUACUGGAGUUCUCUCUGCGUCAGAAGGAAUACACCGAGUGGAGCCGGACGCUGCAGAAACAGGGGCUUCACUCUCUGUGGCUGCAGAGGGACACGCCCGUCCAACACGUCGCCUUCAACCCCAAGAACCCGGCGCACGUCGUCCUGAACGACACCUUCAUGUUCUGCAUCAUCGACCAGAGUCUGCCGCUGCCUGAAGCGAAGUCGAUGCUCUACAACCAGAUGACCCUGAGGAGUCUCCCGGCGCCGGACAGGAUGAGACAGAGUCACGCCUUCAAGAUCUGCAAGACUUUCCAGAACCUCCUGAGCGUCCGCCUGUUGGAGGACAUGUCCCUGGUGGUGGUGGAGCGCCCCCUGUUGGACAUCGUGUCUCAGCUUCCUGCUCCCGUCCGUCAGAAGAAGUUCGCUACAUGAACGUCUGUUAAUACGUCUCCGCCUCCGAGGACGGAUUUUAAUAAAAUAAUGUGUUUACUCUCA